AUGAGGACAGUGUUGCAACGUGCGUUGAACGAAGACGGUUGGCCAAGGCUUGCGGCACACGUGAUAUUCGCCAUAACGGAUUGCUUGGAGCGGUACGCAGUGCAUCGUGGCGCAAGGAAACUACCCUCAGACAAUGUACUGAAACACAUCACUGAGCUGCUGCAAAGGGUGCUGAAUGAACGUUUACCGGAUGGUACCCUUUUGGCUGUGAGUGUUGCGGAGAAAUGUCAGUGUGCAGCCCGGGCGCUUCGAUGGUGUGAGCAAUACGCGAUAAACCAGGACGAUUUGGGACGUAACGUCUUCGACAAAUCGCAGUAUUACUCGCUGCAGAGAAUCUAUUCGGAGUUGGAUGAUUUGGACGGAAUAUUGGGAGCGUUUGAGACGAUAAAAUUGAACUCAACACCGACCACAAGCGAGUGUAUUCUGGCGUUCGAAGCAAAUGGCGACUAUUCAGAAGCAUUGCCUUUGUACCAACAUUCUAGCGAGCAGAAGGUCACUUGUCUGUUUUUAUUUGAAAAUAGGGUUCUGUUUAGGUGCAGAAUGAUAUUGAGAAUUUGUUAA